AUGGCUGCGUUGUUUAUGCGAAGCUGCAGGGUCCUGAGAAAUCUUUCUCAUUUUGCCUGGAGAUCACAACAUAUGAAAGCUUCCCUACAACGUGAACCACGAUCAGGAUUUAAUUUUGAAUUCACUGAACAGCAGAAAGAAUUUCAAGCUGCUGCUCGUAAAUUUGCCAGGGAGGAAAUAAUCCCAGUUGCUGCAGAUUAUGAUAAAACUGGAAAGUAUCCUGUCCCCCUAAUUAAAAGAGCUUGGGAACUUGGAUUAAUGAAUACACACAUUCCAGAGCACUGUGACUUCAGUAUUUGCCUGCUUUUAGAAGCCUGUGCUCAACACUUAGAGGCAUUUUUCCUUUUUAUAACAGGUUCCAACCUUAACUUGAUUCUAAACUUUGGAGGUCUUGGACUUGGAAAUUUUGAUGCCUGUAUAAUUUCUGAAGAAUUGGCUUAUGGAUGUACAGGAGUACACACUGCUAUUUAUGGAAGUUAUUUGGGGCAAAUUCCUGUUGUUAUUGCUGGAAAUGAUCAACAACAAAAGAAGUAUUUGGGGAGGAUGACUGAGGAGCCAUUAAUAAGUGCCUGCUGUGUAACAGAACCUGGAGCAGGCUCUGAUGUAACUGGUAUAAAGACCAAAGCAGAAAAGAAAGGAGAUGAAUAUAUUAUUAAUGGUCAGAAGAUGUGGAUAACCAAUGGAGGACAAGCUAAUUGGUAUUUUUUAUUGGCUCGUUCUGAUCUGGAUCCUAAGGCUCCUGCUAGUAAAGCCUUUACUGGAUUUAUUGUAGAAGCAGAUACUCCAGGAUUGCAGAUUGGAAGAAAGGAAUUAAAUAUGGGCCAGCGAUGUUCAGAUACAAGAGGACUUGUCUUUGAAGAUGUGAGAGUACCUAAAGAAAAUGUUUUACUUGGUGAAGGAGCCGGUUUUAAAAUUAUAAUGGAAAUUUUUGAUAAAACCAGACCUGUAGUAGCAGCUGGUGCUGUGGGACUAGCACAGAGAGCUUUGGAUGAAGCUACCAAAUAUGCCCUGGAGAGGAGAACUUUUGGAAAACUGCUUGUAGAGCACCAAGGAGUAUCAUUUUUGCUGGCUGAAAUGGCAAUGAAAGUUGAAUUAGCUAGAUUAAGUUACCAGAGAGCAGCUUGGGAAGCUGAUUCUGGUCACCAAACUACCUAUUUUGCCUCUAUUGCAAAGGCAUUUGCUGGAGAUGUUGCAAAUCAGUUAGCUAGUGAUGCUGUGCAGAUCUUUGGAGGCAAUGGAUUUAAUACAGAAUAUCCUGUAGAAAAACUAAUGAGGGAUGCCAAGAUCUAUCAGAUUUAUGAAGGUACAACACAAAUUCAAAGGCUUAUUAUAGCCCGUGAACUCAUUGGCAGGUAUAAAAAUUAA